AUGUCAAUAGACAACCUCCUGACACCACAGAGGAACCAGCUAUCGGUGCAAACACACAACUUGCAAUCUGCAUCUUCCCCAAUGCUGAGCCCUUCGGUAUCCGAAAGCGCAUUCGAAAGAACACCUCGGGAGAAGCGCGAGCCAUACUCGGAUCAGGCACAAUUCUAUAUCAUGUACGUUCGAGUCGGCAAAGAAAAGGACUGGAACCAAAUCGAGUGCUCGUUCGAAGAAGUGUUUGGCCAACAUCGUGCGAAAGACGGGUUGACGGCUGUCUACUACCGCAUCAGGAGCAAAUGGGGUCUUCCACCAGUCAACAAGUCUUCGCAAGAGAUAUCCGAGGAGGGAAAGGAGAUGAUUCGGCAACGAGCGUGUGGUUUCGAUCAUGGGUUCCUGAAAAGAGUCGGGUAUUUUGAGUGGUGUCAGUCUUACCAAUCGUCAGCCGCGCCGAGAUGA